AUGGUGUCGGCGCUCAGCAAGACGCCAAACCACCUCAGCGCCAUCUUCGAUGUAGGCGUCUCGACGGACGACAUGAAUUUGGAAAAAGUUAUACAGCAGGCUGCUGAGCUUGCCGCUUGGUCUGUUGCGGCAGGAAUACCUACCAUUUCAAUCUACGAUGCGCGCGGGCAUCUGAAAAGUCACGCGAAUAGACUCCAGGUUUUUGCCAGUCUACGAUGCAAGAGUCUUGUCCCAGAGCAACCGCAUCAGAUAGCAGUCUACCUGAAUGGGAGACGGUUGCUGGAAGAUGAUGACACUAACCCUGACGGCGAGCAACCCGGCCAUUCUCUGUACCUAAUAUCCGAGAAUGACGGACAAAGAGCGUUACGAAGUAUUACAGAGGCUCUGACUGAGAGGGUCAAGCACGGAGACAUGACUAUUGACGACAUCUCGGUCGACCUCGUCGCCGAGCAGCUGCAUUUGUUAGUCAUGCCCGCGCCCGACCUCAUCGUCGUGUUUGGCUCAGAGCUGAACCUCUCUGGCUACCCACUGUGGCAUCUUCAACAGGCAGAGUUGGAAACGCUCUAUAAUGAAGACGAGUUUGGGUUCUUGGCGUUUGCGCAUGCGCUGCAAAGCUAUGCAGGGGCCGAAAUGCGGUACGGCAAAUAA